UGAGUUGUACAAGAAACUAGUAAAAGUGGUUUAUAUGUGUAACAACUGUACUGGGAAUCCACGCUCCAUCGUUCAUGUGUACCUUUAAAACGUGAUUUUUUCCUAAAUCGUUCUAAUGCAUAUGGGUCCCUGUAGUUUGUAUAUAUUAUUUCCCCUCUUUGAAAUCCUUUCUGUAACCUUGAUUAUAAAAGAAUAAUGAUUAAUAUGUGGAAUUAAUCAACGUUUUGUUUGUAUUUAUUUCAUAAAGUGAACCUAAAUUGUUACUGCAGGCAUAGCGAGCAACAAUAAUAUUUGUAUAGUGAUUGCGGUAGAUGUUCUCGCAAGAUUGCAACGGCUGUAUGCAUUUUUUGUUUACGUUUGUUUACCUACACGGGAAAUAAGUCCUGAGCAUAGAUGGCUUAUUUUACUUAUUAUUUAUUUUUUUUUACUUUGUGAUUGUGUUUCGUUGAAUUAUUAUUGUCUUUUGGUUUUCAUUUCGUUAUACCAACCCAACAUUUGCUGAUGCUGCCCAAAUCAUUAACAUGGCUCUGGAGGAAUAUUUUUGCCACAUGGCUCUGGAGGACUAUUUCCCCAAGGAAAAAAUGUUGUUGCCAUUGCUGAACCUUGGCACUUACAGUAAUCGGUAAACGAGUUUUACGCAACCUAGGUCAAGGUAGACGCAUCACGUACCUAGGCAAAACAUAGUUUUGAAUUAAUGCAGUGUGUGGCAACAUUCAGUCAACGUCAUGAAUUAAUUGUAUCUAAAAAGCGGCUGUCAGAUAUUCAUUCAUUACAGUGCAGGCGAAUAUAAACGUACUUCUCAGAUGUAUCAGAGCAUUUUUAUACCAAGUUAAAGUAGCCUAACAGGAAAAGAUACUCCACCAUCUUUUAUAAGAAAACAAAAUGACAACAGCGCGCCCUCAAAUCGCGCAGGAUAUUGAGGGACAUCCUGGACAUUACAAUAACCAGGCAGUACUGAAAGUUAUUCAAGAAAAGAUUAUGGAGGAUAAAGACAGGCGUCCUUUCUAUAUUGUCCAUUUGGAUGACAUCGUUAACAAGCACAAGCGCUGGGUGGAACUGAUGCCUCGUGUUAAACCCUUCUACGCCGUGAAAUGUAACAACACUGAACCAGUCGUGAAGACCAUUGCGGCACUCGGGGCGGGUUUUGACUGCGCCAGCAACGCUGAAUUCCAGCAGGUUCUACACCAUGGCGUGGGAACAGAUCGGAUUAUAUAUGCCCAUCCCUGCAAGGAUCCCCAAGACAUCAAACGUGCCUCAGAAGAAGGAGUCGACCUUAUGACCUUUGACAACGAGUAUGAGUUAGUCAAGAUAAAGAGUCUCUUUCCUGGCACGAGGCUUGUGUUGCGAAUUUGCCCACAAGUAAACAAGGGUGAAUAUGACUACGGCGAGAUGUAUGGUUGCGCCGCCGACCAAUGCAAAGAACUUCUCGAGAAAGCAAAAGAAAUGACACUGGCGGUCGUAGGUGUCAGUUUUCAUAUUGGUGGAGUCUGCUUCGAUUCCAUGGCCUACCAAAACACCAUACGCUUGUGCCGUGAGAUCUUUGAUGAAGCCAAAGCCAUUGGCUACAACUUCAGCUUACUGGACAUUGGUGGAGGGUUCCCCGGUUAUGCAGUCAAAGGCAAACCAACAUUUGCUGAUGUUGCCAAAGACAUAAACACGGCUCUGGACGAAUAUUUCCCCAAGGAAGAAAAUGUUGUUGUCAUUGCUGAACCUGGAACAUACUACGUUCAGUCGGCCUUCACCUUGGCACUUAGAGUUAUCGGUAAACGAGUUCAACGCUCGGGACCUUCGGCCAAGGACUCUGAACAGUCAUACGUGUACUACCUCAGUGACGGAAUUCAUGGGUCGUUCUUUUUCACAAUGCCAUCAUUGGUCGAAAGGCUUAAUGUAGAGUUUUACGUUUUAAAGGAAAAAGACAAAAUGCCGGUCUAUCAAUGUACAUUGUGGGGUCCAACACUCAAUCCUCCUGAUCGCCUGGCACAGAACAUCCAACUGCCCGAGCUGGACAUCGGAGACUGGUUGUACGUGCCUAACAUGGGGGCAUACACUACUGUGCUUGCAACCUCCUUCAACGGGAUUGCUCGACCGGAAUUAUUCUACCUUGCGUCUGAUGAAAUCGAAGCCGAACUUGGUGUCUAGGGCAAACAGUUUAGGUGUUUGUAUGCAUGAAUUUGCAUAGAAGAGAUAUCAAUUACUAGAACAAAAUCAACGAAAAAGUGAGCUCAACUCUACGUUCAUGCAGAUCAACAGAUCAGGAAAGAUUGAAAACUCAUUAACAUGACACCAUUCUCUCUAACAGAGUAUUUAGGACAAUCUUUAAUAUAGGUAAUAUUGAGUAAAGUUAUAGUAAACCAGUUACAUGUAUUACUUGGAACAAUUGUUUUGAAACAUUUAAUUAAGUGCAUGACUGACUAUAUAAGCUUGUUUCAUUGUUAAAUAUACUUUGCAAAACCAAACAUGGAUUGGAGGUUAACUCAACAUAAAAAUUGAUUCAAUGUACAUUGAACCGUAUGGGCUUGAAUGGAGAGGGCUUGGUUACUGCAUGAAUAAAACAGAUUUCACCCAGAAAAUUUCUUUAUUACUUAAUUAAGUAAUACUUCAUCUUAGAUGGGAUUUUAAAAUC